GAGUGUAUCGAUCCGCGUAAAGAGUGGCCAAAUCAGGUGUCGCUCAGAGGUGCUGUCGCCUCCUUCAACACUCCACCCUUUACCUCUUCACCUAGUGCCGUGGCGAGCGCGGAAACGCCUUUUGAGUGCAGUGUGUGGCGCCGGCUACUCGAAAACAUGAAAAUGGCGCGUGUCUCUAUGGGAUAACACCGGGGAAAAGGAAAAAUAAAAUGAAGUGAGUUUGGAGUGCUUGGCUGGCUGGCUGGCUGGUCCGCUGUCUUGAUGGUGCUGGUUUAGGCGAGGCUGUGGCGGCUUUGGAGGCGGGCUGAGAGGCGGGAUAGGAUGCAGAAGGGAGAGCGGCGAGAGCGUGGAGGCGGCGGAGGGACCAAAGAGCAGGAAGACCCGGCCUCAAGGAGAGUUUCGAGGGCGAGUACUGCUAACAGGACGGCCGCCACCAUGCAGCCGGGCUCCCGCACCUCCUCGUCCUCCAACUCCUUAGAGCUCUUCGUGGGCCCCAAUUUCAGGGUCGGGAAGAAGAUCGGCUGCGGGAACUUCGGCGAGCUGAGAUUAGGGAAGAACCUUUACAAUAACGAACAUGUCGCCAUCAAGCUGGAACCCAUCAAGGCAAAGGCUCCACAGCUCCACCUUGAGUACAGGUUCUACCGUAUGCUGGACGCUGUGGGAGACAGCGACAGACCGAGAGAGGACAAGAAGAAAAAUGGAAAGGAUGAGGAGAAGGAAGGAGAGAAAACGGCAGUGGUGGAGGGCAUUCCACGCAUCUACUACUUCGGUGUGUGCGGCAAGUACAAUGCCCUGGUGAUGGAACUGUUGGGGCCGAGCCUAGAGGACCUCUUCGACAUGUGUGGCCGACGGUUCACCCUCAAGACAGUACUAUUAAUAGCCAUACAAUUAAUUCAUAGAACAGAAUAUGUACAUUCUAGAAGAUUAAUAUAUCGAGACGUGAAGCCAGAGAAUUUUCUCAUAGGAAGAAGCUCCACUAAAAAAGACAAGAUAAUAAACAUCAUAGAUUUUGGUCUAGCGAAGGAGUACAUUGACCCCACCACCAACAAGCACAUCCCGUAUCGGGAGCACAAGUCCCUGACGGGGACGGCGCGCUACAUGUCCAUCAACACACACAUGGGCAAGGAGCAGUCCCGACGAGAUGACCUGGAAGCCCUGGGCCACAUGUUCAUGUACUUCCUCCGUGGCUCGCUGCCCUGGCAGGGCCUCAAGGCCGACACCCUCAAGGAGCGCUACCAGAAGAUUGGAGACACCAAGAGGGCCACUCCCAUCGAGGUUCUCUGUGAGAACUACCCAGAGGAGAUGGCGACGUACCUGCGAUACGUGCGGCGGCUGGACUUCUUUGAGACGCCAGACUAUGAUUACCUCCGAAAGCUGUUCCAGGACCUGUUUGAGCGAAAAGGCUACGUGGACGACGGGGAGUUUGACUGGACCGGCAAGACCAUGUUGACAGGCUUAGUGAGGAAUGGUGGUGGUAGGGGGCCAGAGAAUGGGGCUGCUGAAGGGCCGGGUGGGGACACCACGGGGGCACCACAGCAGAUCCUGCUGCCCUGGACCCCGACACAGCAGAUGGACGAUGCAGCCCCUCGGCCUCCCCCGGUCAGAAAUCAUGGCGGCACCAAGGGUACGGCAGCCUGGCCCGAAACCCCCAAGCAGCCAAGCAACAUGUUAGGCGGCAACCUCACCCCUGCAGACCGCCACGGCUCCGUCCAGGUUGUGAGUUCUACAAACGGGGAGCUUGGGCCCGAUGAUCCUCUGGCUGGUCACUCCAACACCCCCAUCACAGUACACCAGGAGGGAGACACCUCAGAUGAAACAAAGUGUUGCUGCUUCUUCAAAAGAAAGAAGAAGAAGGCUGGGCGUGGCAAGUGACUGGCGGUGGUGCAGUGCUCACCGGAGAGAGAAGCCAUCGCAGUGCUGCUGCCAGCCUCACAGUCGCAGUCCAAUGAGAGCAUCCUCAACCCUCAGGCGCCGCCACCAGGGGGAGGGCACCAGACCAACCCCCACAAGCACUGAUCACUUGACCAUUACCUCAUCACCACCGGAAGCACUGCAUCUCCAGUGUAGUCAAGUACUUGCCUCUCAAGACGUGAAAUCCAGCCUCAUGCUUACAUCUGUGUUGUGUAAAAAUUUGUUGUGACCCCAUCUGGCACGUCUGUGUACUGUUACGCCUGUGCUGAGAUGAGCCGUGUGUCCCGGAAGACGGUGGGUGGUGACCGAGCCUCGGAACUUGGUCCGGUGAUUCUGCUUAUAUAUAUAUUUUGCUGUACACACAUCUGGAGUGCUGGAAGAUGGUUUGCCAAAGCGACUUUUAUUUUGGACAACCUAUAUUGCAUCUGUGUGGAAGGGAUUCAUAGAGAAAUUAUUUUCAGCACCUUGAUCUUAACGGACACUGAGCUUAAUGUAGAAAAAAAGUGUGCAAUAAAGAUAUACUCAGUUCUAUACUUCAUUAGAUGGUGAUUGCUCUCGGCUGAAAUAAGUUUCCUGUAACAGAAAACGAUUAUCACCAGACUGGACCUGAAGAGGGCUGAGGUGGUGGUGGUGGUGGUUAAGACAAGCUGGAGGUCACCAAGAAUUGCUUAGUUUGGAUUGAAGCCCAUGUUCCCUGGGAUAUAUUCCCCCCCCAUAGGCCUAGCCUGUAACUGUGGUGAGUGUAGUCCUUUCCUGCUUGUGUGACUCAUCGAUGUUUUAUUUUCCCUAUUUAUAAUACAUAUUAGGAUGCUCAUUGGGGGUCACACAAAGCUGAAGGCGACUCGCUCACUCACACUUGUUCUGUGAUUAUUACUCAUGACGAGUCUUGCUGCUCGUUCACUCCAUCUACCAAAAAGUGAAGGAACUUGUGCUUCGAGGAAACAUUCUUCUGUUCACCAAGUGACAUGUUUUUGUUCUCUUUUUCUGUUUAGUUGCCUUGGGGAAAUACUAAUGUUUACACAUUCUGGGACAACACUUGUGUAGAUGUAGCUUGGUUGAAGCAAGUCAUGACCAAGGGAGGCGGGAUAUAUCUAUAUGUAUAUUUUUUCUUUAUGAUGUCCCAGUGUUGGUACCAAACUGAAAUCCAGUGGCAUAGCUAUAUAACUUUAAUAUUAUUUUACCUACCUAGAAAUUAUAACAAAAUAUAGUCACUUAAAAUUCUGAACAAGCAACAUUGAUUCUCAGUAUGAGUGAAGGUUUGCCAUCAAGAAGCAGAGCAGUGGUGGUGGAACUGUCAUGCUCCAGUCUUAGUGGAACACCAGGUCUUGAGAGCAGAGAGCUGUUUUCAAGUGCCAAGGAGAUGGAGGCACCAGCUGAAACACAGGUGACACACAGUAGUAGUCCCAUAUUUGGGGUUAGUGGACCAAGAGCCAUCAACAAGGGAGAAUUACAAGUCACCCACCACAGAUUAGGGGGCUGGUGGUAUAUAGUCAGUCAGUUUUCAUGUACCAAGAGGGCGGCAGGGAUGAGCAUAGUAUGGCGGCAACAUCUAUUUACUAACUGUCAGUAAUGUGAAGGAGUUGGUAACUGGGGAAGUAAAGAGCAGAUGUUUUAACAGGCAUGUGAUUAUUCCAUUUUUUUCUUUACUUUGCUAGUCCUGAGGCUUUGGAAAUGUGCACAGUGGAAGGUCAGAUGAGUGUAGGGAAAUGGACUGGAGUGGAGGUGGAAUGACGGUGGUCCUUCAUCGUGUGGCAGUAUUUUCCUCCUGACCUUGUGUUACACCAUGAUCUCGUGUCCCAGGGCUUGUGUCGGCAGCGUCCAGCCUUCCUUCCCCUUCCCCUCGUCAGGAAGCCUCGCGUUGCAGGGUGGGUUGGGGACUACCCGUGUUUUUAUGUUUAGUGGUUCACAGGAAUAUAAAACUCAUAACCACCCAGAAAACAAUGAAUAUAAUUUUUUUUGUCAUCCAAAGCUUUCAUUCAUUUGUUUUAUUAUUCCCAUUAAUAUAAAUUAUUUUAUUCUUAUAUCCAUCCUUGGGCACUUUUUCUAUCAUCAUCUUCCUUUUUUUUUUUAUUAUUUUUUUAGGUUUAUCCUCAUUCUCUCUUUUUGUUUGAAGGGAGGUCAUCAUUUACUUUUAUUUGUUUUAGUCACAACUGAUAUUGCCUGUUGAGGCUCUUGUAUUUUCCUAAUGGUCACCUCAGCUGUUUGGACUUGCCUACAUAUGGUCACAUUCUUGCUCACAUUUUAUGGAUGUAGUGAGGGAACUAAUAUAUUUAGGUGUAUAGAAAUAUUUAUUGAACACCAGUCAUCAGGGAGUACUGGUAUAUGAAUAUUAUUGCAUCCUAUUUUGUGCUGAAGCCAUUUUAUUCUGUCCAGUUUUUUAGAUAAAAGUUUAUGACAUCUUGCUGCUGAGCUCUUUUUAGAAGUAGUAGUGACCUGGUCCACAGACAAGUGUGUGCAAAGCAAACAAUAAUCAGAGUGUAGUGCUGCAUUGCCUUCCUUCACACUGGUGCUGAUGCCAUCUGCAACACACUGCAGCAGUCCUGGAAUCCCAGCAGCAGAAACCAAAGCCAGGCUAGAUGAGAACAGAAGAAGGAACCUGGCCUGGUUAGUGAGCCUGCAGUGUGUGUGCUUGGUGAGGAGGGGACAGGCUGCCCGUGCUUCAACACCAGGCACGCAGGAAGUGAUGAAGUAGUCGGGUAGUAGCGGCACCACCAGUGUUAUCACCACCACCCAUUUUGCACAGACAUCAGCCACGAUAGAUAAAGUACCAGUUUUUAAUAUAUUAUUUUGCACUCUUCAGUGUACACAGGGCGUUACUAUUAAAGUUAUUACCGUUGUGUUUGAGUUCAGUAUUGCUGAUGCGAUGACAAACCAUUUUGUAGGAAGCCAGGCUGAUGUGAUCAUCCCCCUACCGUCACCAUAGGUCUUGGCCGUCAGUGUCAUGUAUAUAUGUGAUUAUUCAUGAGCAAAUGGCUUGCUUCUCUAUGGAGGUCAGUGAUCAUGUUGGAGUGAGUGUGUAUGAGUGGAGACGGUAGUGUCAUCUGUGAUUUUCUCACUAGGAAUUAUCUGAAUGCUAAUUAUGAACUAAGUUGAGUAAGCCAAGUCACAAGAGACUGUCACCCAUUUUUGGAAGUCAGCAAGUAGUAAGUUUUUUGUAUAAUUUCGGAUAUGGAUGUAACCUACAACGGUCCAUUGAAGAUAGCCAUAGUGUAUUUCAUCUUUCUAUGAAGUUGUCCUGUGGUUUGUAAGGAUGAAGGAAAUCACUUGUUUGCCUGUAUGGAACAUACUGCUUCAAUGUGCUGUUAAUAAUAAAACUCAGCAUUUGUAUCCGUAUAAUCCAUAUAACUGGAAGAAUAUAAUAAUACUGUUGUUA